AUGGCGGAGCAGCUCGCAAAGCGCCUUGACGGGUUCGACCAGCCCACAGUCUGGCACGAAUUCACUCCGCUGGCCCUAGAGCAUAAGGCCGUCAACUUAGGUCAGGGCUUCCCGGACUGGCGCUGCGAGGAUUUCGUUAAGCAGGCAGCCAAGGAUGCUCUGGAUGCCGAUUUCAACCAGUAUGCCCGCCCACAGGGCCACAAGAAGCUCGUGGAGGUGCUGGCUAAGAAAUACUCUAAGGAGCUAAACCGCGGGAUCAACUGGACGAAUGAGAUUGCUGUGGGUGUUGGCGCUACGGAGACUGUCUACGCUGCUGUCAACUCUUUCGUGCAGCCAGGAGACGAGGUUGUCGUAUUCGAACCGGCAUUUGACAUAUACACCGCCCAGGUGCAGAUGGCCGGCGGCGUGUGUCGCUAUGUGCCACUUCACGUGCGUACAUGUGAUCAAACUGGUUCUAAGGAGUUCUACCUUGACGAGCCAACUCUAGCGGCAGCAUUUUCCUCUAAAACGCGGGCAGUGCUCUUGAACAACCCUCACAACCCGACGGGUAAGGUGUUCACGGCGGAGGAACUUGAGCUCAUUGCCAAAUACGUGCGUCAGUAUCCGCGUGUGAUCAUUAUUUCAGACGAAGUGUACGAGCACAUUCUGUUUGAUGGAAAUAAACACGUUCGGAUCGCCAACAUUGACGGCAUGUGGGAGCGUACACUGACGGUCUCGAGUGCAGGGAAGACAUUUUCCGUGACUGGAUGGAAGGUGGGUUGGGCUAUUGGCCCCAGCAAUUUGAUCAAGGGCAUCUACCUCGCGAACAACUGGAUCCAGUUCAGUGUGGCCACUCCCUUUCAGGAAGCCGUCGCCAACAUGCUGGAGCUCGCCGAGAAGCCGUACAAGGGAUUCCCGACCUUUUACGCCUUCGUCGCCGACCAGUACAAGCAGAAGCGUGACCGCCUUAGCCGCGCUCUGGUUGAUGUUGGCAUCACCCCAAUCACUCCGGGCGGUGGCAUCUUCCUGUACUCGGACAUUUCUGCCGUGAAGGUGCCCGACAGCUUUAUUGAACCGGGUAUGUCGUACGACUGGGCAUUCUGCCGCUGGCUUACCAUUACCAAGGGUGUGACGGCAAUCCCAACAACUGCGUUCUUUUGCAGCGAAAACAAAGCGGAAGGCAGCCAGUGGGCGCGUUUUGCCUACUGCAAGACUGACGAAGCCAUCGAAGAGGCCAUCAAGCGUCUCGCCAAGAUCCAUGAGGCGUAG